GAGAGAGGAAAGAAAUUGAAAGAAUGGCGAGCAGGUACUGGGUGGUGUCUCUGCCUGUCCAAAACUCGGCGUCGUCUUUAUGGAACUGCCUCCAGGAUCAAAUCUCCAAGCAUUCCUUCGACACUCCCCUCUACAGAUUCAAUAUUCCCAAUCUCCGCGUCGGAACCCUCGAUUCUCUUCUCUCCCUCAGCGACGAUCUCUUAAAGUCCAACAACUGUGUAGAGGGUGUUUCUCAUAAGAUCAGGCGUUAGAUCGAGGAGCUAGA